UCUCACCAUUCUUGGCUCAUCGCCCACAUGGCCCACAUACCUUGUGGGGGCCUUGUCCCGGGUUUUCCGAUGUUUUCCCACUUAGUUUUUCCGACGCUGUGAUACGAUCCGGCAAAGAAUACUCAGCCCGCCACGGACGGCUCCCGUGAGAUCGCGCGUGAAUUCGUGUAAUCAACGGUUCGAUUUUUCACUCCCUUUUCCGCAGUGCAAUUUUUUUUAGUUGUGUGAUCGUUCUUUUCGGUUCAAGAGUUUCUCGUUUUUUUUCUUUGCGGUUUCACGUUUCAGUGUGUGAGCAAUUAAUAAGAGGAAUUUAUCUACUCGAAUGGUGGAGCUCGCUUUUUUCAUUUGUGUGCCGUUUGCAUAGUGAUAGAUCCAGCUGCUGAAUUAUAGUUCAUUCAUUGCUGCUUUCACAGAGGAGUGGAGAUACGGAGUGUAGUUUUGCUUAGAAUUUUCAACUGGCUUUUUGCUGUUGAGCGCGUGCGAGUGAUUUUGUUCGAGUUUAAAAAUAAGUGUGUGUUAUCCUGCGAAUUAUUAUGCUGGCGGCUGGCUUUUGUGUUGCAACACACGCCACCAGGGGCCGGGUGAAAAUGGGAAGCAUCGGGUUGGAUGGAUACUACAGUGAACAUUGAACAUUCUCUGGUUGUCUCUCUAUUGCAAGGGAGUUCACCGCGGUCAAGACACACAACCACCAGCAGUUUCGAUGUUUAUUUGCGCACGCCAAACGGAUGAACCCUUGCGCGAAUGGUGGUGCUGGUCGCGUUGUGUCUGUGUCUCGGCAGUUUCCUUUCCCUUGUACGAACGGUUUCAAUUCCCUCCUCUGCCAGACGACAAUGCUUUGGUUUGAGUGCUAUCCCCGAAUGUUCGGUGUGGCUGGCUGCGUCACACAGUAUCGUUUCCCUCGCAAUCGGCGGACGUGACGUGUAGAUGAUUGGUUGCGAAUUUUCACACAUUACUGAUAAUUGUUCUAGCAGCAAGUGAUUUUUAUAUUGUCUGCCAAUAGUUGCUUCUAUUGUUCAUGAUGCAGUACAAAGCAAUGUGUUUUCUUAAGCAAUUUUUAAGAAAGCACCAGUUACCAACAACAGUAACUCGGAAAAAGUCGGACGUAAAUGUUCAUCCUCACUUUACACCCCAAUUAUCUGUUCCAUUUUUUGUUGAUAGUUUCACCCAAUGUCAGACAACCAACCGUGUGUUCCAUUGACGAUUUUUCUCUUCUUCUAACUCAAAACCCCAAGGGACUUAUCGUUGAGGCAAACACUUUUCAACACGACACACUCCCUGAACGCAUUCGGUCUUCCCUAUUUGCUUGCUUCCGGCCCGCUUGUGCGAACCAUACGGCGAGAAUGUGUCUUUUGUUUGGACUCUAAAAUUAGACGGUAAAAACCCCGAGUUCGGGAAGGAAUCAGAAGCUCUCAGCGGCUCACACACAGCGUACCAGUACCCCAUGAUUGGCUGCAGUAGUGAACAACGCGUGCAUAGUUGUGUAUUUACGAGGCUAGGCAUAGGAAGAACGAUUGCCUAUAGGAGGGAGAGGUGGAUGAUGAUGCACUGUACGCAUACGAGCGCAUCGGAAUGCAUUCGAUUGCGUGAGUAAUAGCUCAUCGACGCUAGGGCAAUGCUUUAUUUCUUCUUAAAAGUAAAAAUUAUGCCGCAAGAAAUAAACAAAACUGCUCGUUUUGAGAUUUGAGGUUUGUUGAGGCUCUGAAUGAAUACACAGACGAAUGAGAUUUUUAUACUUUCAAUUGGAAUAAGAAGUCUAGUUGGAUUUUUUUCUAAUUCCAGAAUGUAAUGCGUAUAGUAAAUAAAACUCAUAGCUUUUACAUGCACUAGAAUUGAAAUAUUUCAGACAAUUAUUUGUCUGAAAACUGUUUCGAGUGCCGCAAAAUUGAUUCUCAAAUUCAAACUUAGUAGUUACUUCAAUCUAAUUGUGAACAAUUAAUCCUUUUUGAAACCAGCCAAUCUUCUGUAGCUGAUAAAUUUGGUUGCCUAUCUGUUAAAAUGAUGGACCUUGAGAAUAGUUUUGGACCUAAUAAAUUCUUUCAAAUGUAUGAUCCUCAGGUCCUUGGUAACAUCUUUGAAUGUAAUAUUGAAAUUCGUGAUGUUAUUUCAAACAUUUUUGUGAGAUUGGAAUCGUCAUAUUGGUUAUGAUAAGAUAAAUUUAACUUACCGAUAAGAAUUGAUCUACGGAUUAUGUGUGGUGGAAAGAUCGAGUGCCUUUUGUAAUGACACUAUUAAAUCAUUUCUGGUUAUACGAGUUCAUUUGUGCUUAUAAUGCGUUCCUCGAAGUAUUUCAUUCCGAUUGAACAAUGAUCUGAUACUGUAUAGGAACUUUGUUAAUGCUUCAUGAACAUUAUUAGAAUUUAAAAAGACAAAAGGAGCCGACAAAAGGAGGUUUUUAGAUAGAUAGUUUUGAAAAUAUUCAUCGUCUGAAAGACCAUUUCAUCGAUUUUUCAAUGCCUUUUCCGUUCGUUGCUUGAAUCAUUGUCAAUUUCGUACUUAUUUUAAUGUUCUUCAGAGACAUAUCACAACUAAAUAUGUCCUAUACAUUAAACAUAAGCAUCAUUAAAUUGUCGUUCCAUUACCGAUUAGUUGUAAUAUAUUUCAUGUGCUCUUCUGACCCCUAAUUCACUCGCAAGAAAAGCAAGAUCCAAAGCUGAAACAGUUUUCACUUUCACGAUCAUUGCGGGACGAUCAAUUGGAGAGAGAGAGAGUGUGUGCGGCAGCAUGCGUUUCGUCGCGUUGCCCCAUUCCUUAACACAUUGCAUUCGGCGUCGUCUGCCGUCGUUGGCGCGUGAGAGGGCAACGUCGUGCCAAAAAGUGGAGCUCGGCGCGGUUCAGCAUGACUAGAAACAGCGCGCGUCCCACGACCACGCUGGCGGCGACUACGGCCAAGACGACGACACUGUGUUCUAGUUCUAAUUUGGCAACCGUUUGGCUGGGCCCUCGAGGUGUAUGUGUGUGUGUGUUUGCUUUAAAGAUUUGGCCUACAUUUUUCGGAAGCCAACGAUUCUGUGUGCUGCUGCCGAUGGGUUGUGAUUUGAAUCGAUUGGGAGUUGCUGUUUUGGGUCGGUUUGUGGAUGCCGCGUUUUCCAUGCUUUCUUUUCCAUUUCUUCAGGCCUCAAAACACACGCCAAAGGACGCGGGUGCAUCGCUUGUGUGCUUGCUUUACAUUCAGUUUCCUUUGUGUUGUUAAAUUGCUUGUGCAAAACGGCGUGAGUGGAGUUCCGAAACCCCUUCUUUCCCGGACGAAAGGAGCAAUCCCCACACCGCGCAUAAGUCCAUCGUCUAUGUGAUCGCGUUUGUCGCUUACCCACGACGUUUUUGUUUUUGCUUGGCGCGAUGAACAGAAAGGAACAGAAAGGGCGGUUUGAACAGGCCGCACCGAGUCUCCCACCGACCCUGGACGGGCUGAACAAUGUCAGCGAUCUCAUAAGCAAGUUCGAGGUACGCAACUAUCCUAUAAAUAGAGGACUGCUGCCCGAACUAUCGUCGCCCAGGCCGACGCCGCCGGGAUACGCCGGGAUCGUCCCGGGUGCAGCGGAGUGGUACCGUGGUGCCUACCAUUAUUCGCCGACUCAUUCGCCACCGCUCGGGCAAACGCGUCGACGAUCGGCCAACGGUGGUGUUCCGUCGCAGUACGACUCCGCCUAUCUCAGCGAUACAGCCUCUCUCAGUGACGGAGCGGAUAGUGUAAGCCCCGGCGGUAGAAGGAUGGAUGAUCGUGCCCGGUUUCGUGCCCGCCAGGGUGGAGUUUACUAUCAGAAUGGCUCACUGUCUUCGCUAAACGAAUCCGACUACUACGAGGAUAUUGGGUUUGAUGUUGGGCCACGAACGCCACCCAGUGGACGCUUCUAUGCCCCACAGCAACGCCGUGGUGAGGGUGCCGUCCUGCUGGAGGAAGUUGAGGAGGUGCCGUUGAAUAAGGAGCAGGUCACUAGCACGCUGACCCGCUUCGGUGCCAUACUGCAGAUGCUGUCGCGGAUCCCGUUCCCCCGAAUGUCCGUCACCGGCAUGGGGCUUUGCUCGCUCGUCGCCAUCUUCUUCUGCCCGCGGGCGAUCGGUUCGAAUAUACUGUUUCCCGGUUUCAGACUACUGUUCGGUACGCUGUACCCGGCCUACGCCUCGUACAAGGCGGUGCGAACGAAGAACGUCAAGGAGUAUGUAAAAUGGAUGAUGUACUGGAUUGUGUUUGCGUUCUUCACGUUCAUCGAAACGUUCACCGACAUACUGCUGUCGUGGUUUCCGUUCUACUACGAAAUUAAGGUGAUCGUCGUCCUGUGGCUGCUGUCACCGGCUACCCGCGGUAGCUCGACACUCUAUCGCAAGUUUGUGCACCCGAUGCUGACACGCCGCGAACAGGAAAUUGACGACUACAUCAAUCAAGCCAAAGAGAAGGGUUACACCGCCGUGCUGCAGCUGGGCUCGAAGGGUGUUAACUAUGCCACGAACGUUAUCAUGCAAACGGCCAUCAAGGUUUUAGGCACUAAAACUGACACCAUCACCCCAUUCGGUAGCAUGAUGCGCAUUAGUCAAUCCGAUAACUCACUGCUAAUGAGUGCGGCCGCUGCAGCAGCUGUCCGUGCUUCCGGUGCCGAACCGGCACGCCCUAACGGCUUACUGCACACUAACAUGCGCGAUACGACGGACCAUGCGACGUCGGGCGAAGAUGAGCAUGAUGGGCAAAUGGUCACCGCAGCCACCUCCGGCCCGGCGACGGGACGCGUCCGACGUUCGCAAUCGGUUGACUCGGCACUGAACAGCAGAGGAGGAGGAGGAGGAGGACGGGCAACGAUGAGCUCCAGUCGCAGCAUGACACGUGCCCGGGCACAGCAGCAGCAACAGCCCGCCAUCAUCUACGAGAUGGACAGCGAGGAUGAGGAACGGUUCCUGGCGUCCGAAACGGAUCUUAUACUGGGGACCACUUCGAGUACUACCACCACUGCGUCGUCCGCGGCUGGCGGUGGUAGAAUUCGUGGGCGAACGCGUGCCAUUACCACGGUCAGUGCGGAGGAAGAGUCCGACGGUACGGAAGGUGGCAGUGUGGCCCGCGCCAGUGCCUCGACGAGGGCGAAAGCUACUACCGCCAAGGAGACGGGACGGGCCAAAAAAAGCACCAAAGCGGUCGGAGUGACUGGUGGGAAAGCGGGCACAAAAGCAUCGUCCUCUGCUGCUGCCAGUGGACGGCGGAAAGUGAAUGGGGUCGCUGCCGCCGCCGAGGUGGAGAGUGUAGAGAUGGGCGUUGAGAUGGAUGUUGUGUAGGCAGCGGGGGUUAUUGCUGGUCGAUAUUAUAGGGCAAACAUUCCAGCAAAUGAUACAAGAAAAAACGAGGAUCAACCUAGCAACUCAGGGCAAUAACGACAGGUUCAGGGACACUCGUACGUACAAGACGGAAAGGACCAAAACCGAUCCAACCGAUCCCUUAACGAUCGUGUUUUACUAAAGAGAUUUAAAUAGGACGAUACAAAUGCCACCUGUCUAUGCUUUGUACUAAUUCAGGGAGCCCGUGCAGAGGGAUGGCUUUUAUGCGGCUAACCCCUUCGAUCCUCUAACGUGCUUGGUUUGUUCUUGUCUUCUAACGAACUUCAAAUUAACCUUUUAAAAACGUUUGUGCGUGUAUAGUUGUUUCUUUUCACUUCACAUUGUCUGUUAAUUGUGUUAUUUUUUUUCUGUGCACAACUGGGCAAUUGUCGUUCUCUCUUUCUCUCUUCCUCUACCCUCUCUCUCUUCUAUUGCAGCACGUACCAACUGAACAGCUUCUGAAUCUGACGCUCAAAUCAAACGAAUCGUAACUGGUAGAAGAAGUAUUAGUAGUAAACAAACUCAUGUAACAUGAUUUCAUACACACACACAUGCUCUCUCUCUCUCUUGCACAAGAGUUUGAAGGGUGUUGCCGCGUAAAAAAUGAAUUUUGGUGCAAAUCACUGCGAAAUUAAAGAGUAGAACCAAAAUCAACAUCAGCCAUCGUGUGUUUGUUUACGUUUUAGGAUUUAAGGGGGCCACAUGCUAUAUAGCUUAAAUUACGAACAGGUUGGCUUUUCUUUUUGUGCUUAGAACAGAACAAAAGAACAAAUUAGCCGUUUGUUUUGAAUUUAUAGUUUUCGGUUGGAAGUAGAUCUCGAAUAACCUGCCAAGGGAAGGGAGUAGAACAAUGAUAAACACGCACAAAAGGACAUAAAGGAACAGUUUAGGACUGUGACAAGACUUUUGAUGAGGUGUAAGUGUGUAAAGGACAUUAUAGCAAAGGUUAAGUUUGUUUGUAUAGCACAGCAAAACGAUUUACAAAGGAAGGAUUGGUCACACGAAUUGUUUCAGUAGGAAUAAAUCAUAGCAAAAGCCGUGGUGGACUUGUCAGGUUUACGUUUAGGAUCAAAACGCUCAAAGUAGUAGUAAAUGUAGCUUAACGCAGGGGCAUUUUUUUAUGUGAGAGUUGAGACUCGCAGAGCAGAUUGGUACGGUAAUUACGGUAAUUGGUACUCCUUCUCGACUGACCAUUGCUUUAGAAUUUCAAAUUGAUGAUACGAAUAAAGUUAAGCGAAAACGAUGUAACCGGAGAUAUAAAGGAGAGUGUUAGGAGUUUGAUCACACGCACGCUUCGGUA